GAGGGAACCGACGAAGAGGGAGGGGGUGCCCGGAGGAGGGGGCUGGGAGGCGGGGUCCCAGCCCUGCGCUCUCAGGCCCCCAGCGCGCCAGUCCCCGGGCUGCAGGGAGCGCAGCGCGCGCGGCCCGGGCCCCGGCCACCGGACGCCCUACCGGACACGACCCUCCCUGGAGCUUGGACAACUGCCCACCUCGGACACUGCACCGGACACUGCCCCCCACAGGGCUGGACACUACAACGGACACUACUUCCCAGCUCCGGACAUUGCUCUGUCCUCUCCGCCUCCCCCCCACCCCACCGCCAGGCUCUGGGACGCCUUUCCCCCUCCCCCUCCGGGGGCCCAGACAUUAAGUCCCCCCCUCCCCCUCAGGCUCUAGCCAGCGGCCCCUUGCACCCCAGCGGUGGACACCGCCUCCUCUCAGACCGCCUCUCAGCUCCCCCCUCCACUUUCUCCCGCCUCAAAUACCCCCUCCACCGACUCAGGUCGAAGCCCCGCCAGUUUCUCCGACCCCCUGCUGCUCCGCCAGGGCUGUCGGAGCCCCCUCCCCCGGCCCGGAUGCCUCUCCCCGGGGGAUUGUGGUGGCUUCUCUGCUGCCGUCGAGGCUUCACUCUUCUGCACCGAGACUACGGAGACGGCGAGCUUAGCGGGGACGGGGACGACGAGGACGACGAAGAGACCUUUGAGCUGCGGACCCCGAGUCCAGCGGGUGGCGGGAGGGGUUCCCUGGACGUGACGCUGACUCAGCCAGGGAGAAGCGGGCAGGUCUCCGACAGCUUGGAGGAGGGGUGUCCAGCUUGGAAACGGGCACCCCUGGCCGUCUGGGGUGCCCUCCCAGAGGAGCCCCCUGGAGGCGGAGCGGAGGCUCUGCAGCCUCGGCCAACCCUCGCCCCCCACUCCAGGCUGCAGAGCUGGGAGGAGACGUGGAGCCUCAUCCCCGAGAAUGGGCUGCAAGAGGAUGACCCGGAUGUCGUAGUGAAAGGUUGGCUGUACCGGGAGCCCCGCAGCGGAGCGCGGCCAUGGCUGCCUCCGCGCCGGGCCUGGUUCGUGCUCACGCGGGACUCACUGGACCAGUUCAGUGGCAACGGGAAGGGGGCGCGGCACCUUGGGAGCCUGGUGCUGACCAGCCUGUGUUCCGUGAACGGCCCGGAGCGCAGGCCCAAGGAAACUGGGCUGUGGACAGUGACAGUGUCUGGCAGGAAGCACAGUGUCCGCCUCUGCUCCCCUCGCCAGGCCGAGGCAGAGCGCUGGGGGACGGCGGUGCGGGAAGUGAUCGCUUCCAAGGCACCAAUGGAGACCCCAACGCAGCUCCUGCUCCGGGACAUAGAGGAGAAUUGUGGAGACCCUGAGGCUGUGGCACUCAUCUACCAGCAGAACCCCAUCCUGAGACACACCAGUGGGGCCCUCUAUGCCCCCCUCCUGCCGCUGCCCUAUGGAGUGAGUUCCCCAGGUCCUGGCUAUGCACCCUUGCGCGAGGAGGCAGUGCGGCUGUUCCUGGCAUUGCAGGCGCUGGAAGGGGCGCGGCGCCCCGGGCCCCUGAUGCAGGGUGUGCUCCAAACCUGCCGGGACCUGCCUGCGCUCCAGGACGAACUCUUCCUGCAGCUGGCUAAGCAGACCUCAGGCCCCAAGGGGCCUCCGGGGCUCCCCGCCACCGAAGACCCCGCAACCCUGCGGUACUGGCAGCUCCUUACCUGCAUGAGUUGCACCUUCCAACCAGGGUGUGCCGUGCGGGAUCACCUCCUGGGACAUCUGCAGAGGACGGAGCAGGCGCUGCCGGACUCGGAACUUGCAGAAUACGCGCGUUUCAUCCGGAAGGCGCUGAGCCGGACUCGCGGCCGCGAAUUAGUGCCGUCGUUGGCGGAGAUCUCCGCGCUGAGCCACCGGCAGGAGCUACUGUGCACGGUGCACUGUCCGGAGGCUGGUGCUUGCCUGGUGACCAUCGACUCCCAUACCACGGUGGGCGAGGUGGCGGAAGAGCUGGUAGGGCGACUGGGCUUAGAUCGGAGUAAGAACUCAGUUGCGCUGUAUGAGCAGCGAGGAGCCCAGGAGCGAGCCCUGGCCGGAGGGACCCUUGUGGCUGACCUGCUCACCAGGUUUGAGAAUCUGGCCGUGGAGGACCCCGAGCUAGAGGACUGGUCGGACUCGGGGUGUAGAUUGUGUCUACGUCUACUUGGACCGAUGGACACGGAGGAGCUGCCCCCGGACAAUCAAGAACUGCCUUUCGUCUUUGAGCAGGGUCACGCUCUGUUACUGCAUGGCCGGCCGCCCCCACCUGAUGACACCCUGCGCGCCCUGACGACGCUGCGCCUGCAGAGCCUGCGCCGGGAGUUGCCGCGGGUGUCCCUGCCGCGCCUGGACUGCCUAUUAUCGCCUCUCGGAGACCCACUUUGCCCGAUCCCCAGGCCACCGUCCUCCGCCGCCCUGCUGGCCGGGGCCCUGUGGAACCCUGGCCUGGCCAAGAGGCGGGCAGAGCGGGCCCGGCGCGGCGCGGCGGGCCGUCCGGCAAGAAUCACGACCGCUGAAGAAGGAGAUGGCGGCGCCAGCUCAGGCACAGCAGCUGCGGUGCUGGGCAGCUGGAAGCGGCUCCGAGGCAUGGGCCGAGCGGAGGCCAUGGCUGCCUACCUGGCUCUGGCGGCGCAGUGUCCGGGGUUUGGCGCUGCUCGGUAUGACGUUCUGGAGCUGAGCACGGAACCUGGUGGAAGUGUUCCACAGAAGCUAUGCCUGGGCCUGGGAGCCAAGGCCAUGUCCCUCUCCCGGCCAGGUGAGACAGAACCCAUCCACUGUGUCAGCUAUGGCCAUGUUGCCGCCUGCCAGCUAAUGGGCCCUCACACCCUGUCCUUAAGGGUGGGAGAGAACCAGCUCAUCCUGCAGAGCCCCCAGGUGGAAGAGAUCAUGCAGCUAGUGAAUGCCUACUUGGCCAGCCCCUCCCCCGAGAGGCCCCGCAGCCCUUCUCCUCCAUGCCAAGACCUGCCAGCCGCCUCCCCUCCCAGCCAGCACUCGGGCCUGGAUGAGCCCCAGGGACAGGCUGGCUGCUUGGGGCAGCUGCAGCACUGAGCCUGCCAAGAGGUCGUGACUUCCCUCCUGCCUCCAGCCUGGGCCAGGACUGUUCUGAGAUUUGAGGGAACCAUGGUCUCUUUUGGCCCUGCAGGGACGGGGUACAUCACACACCCAAAAGCUGCUAUGGGUGUGGACAAUUUUCUAGUUUGUUUCUUAAUUUAUUUGUAGAAGAGAAGCCAAAAAAAAAAACCUUAUUUACACAAA